AUGGUUCCUUUCCGUGAGUUGAAGUUUGACAACAUGCAUGAUGUUCUUAACGAUGAUUUCAAUGAGAGGUACUUGGUUGAUGUCAUGGGGGAAAUUACACACGUCGGAAACUACCAUGGAUAUGAGCGGAACGGAGUAUCGACUGAUAUUAGAGACAUUGAAAUCGAAUCUCAAGGGAAAAAAAUUAAAUGUUUGUUAUACGGAGAAUUUGUCAAAAAUCUAGAUGAAGUUCUAAGUGGAGAAGAUAACAAACAUGUUGUUGUUAUCAUAUUACUGGGAGCAGUAACAAGGCAUCAAGGUGAAAAUCAGUUAACUACUGGGUUAAAUUGCACAACAGUCAUGUUCAAUCCUAACAUUCAUGAAGCGGUUUGCUACAGAGACAGGUUAUUUGAGUGUGACGCGGUUCAAACACAGGUAAUGAAUGUCCUUCUAGAAAGCUUCAAAUCUACUGAAGAAGAUGAGUUUCUAAAAUUAUUUCCACGGGCAAACCUCGAAAAUUUGGCCGCGUGUAAAUCGCGGACAAUAUUCAUUGUGUAUGCUGCGAUUGAGAAAAUUGUGAACACAGAUGAUUGGUACAAGCUGUUGAUGAAUGUUGCUGACAAUACUGGAUCUGCAACUAUGAUAAUUUUUGAUCGCGAUGGUAUUUCUCUGAUCAACAAAAAGAGCAAUGAAAUUUUGGAUGAUAUGAAAAAGAACGGCUGCAUGGAACACCCCCCAAAAGAAAUUGGUGAUUUAAUUCACAAGGAAAUUCUUUUCAAGGUCGAAGGGAAGGAUAGAUUCGGAAAGUGGUUCAAGUUGGCAUUUAAUGUGCUCAAAAUUUGCAUGGACCCAGAAAUAAUUUCAAAAUUCAAGUCAAAUUUACAAGUGCAUAUAUGA